AUGCUCAAACUUAAUGAUUUAUUUUUUGAUGAAUAUGGAUUAUCUUAUGAUUGUGUUUUAUCACCUUCAACUUAUUUAUAUAGUUUAAAUGUUGCUGGGACAAGUUUGGCCUGUUCAAAUAUUGCAAAUCUUUAUACAUAUUCAAAGAAAAACCAAAAUAUUAAUAUACCAUUACCCAUUAUUUUCAAUUUUUUGGGAGGAUGGCAUCAUGCUCAAAGAUCAUCUGCUUCUGGUUAUUGUUAUGUAAAUGACAUUGUAAUUUGUAUUAAUGACUUGAAAAAAAUUCACACUCAAAUUUUAUAUAUAGAUUUAGAUCUUCAUCAUUGUGAUGGAGUGGAGGAAGCAUUUUCUGACUGUAACACAAAUGGGACAAUCUUAAUAAUAUCCAUUCAUCAUUUUUCUCCUGGAUUCUUUCCUGGAACAGGACAAUUACCACAACAAAUAAACAUGACAAAUUCAAAAAAUAAAUUUAAUAUAAAUAUUCCACUUAAAGAAGGAAUUUGUGAUACAAAUUAUUUUGCAUUGUUUAAAAGAGUUAUAGAAAGUAUAUAUGAUUUAAAUGGUGAUCAAAAGUCUUCAGCUAACCUUCCUGAUGUUAUAAUUAUUCAAUGUGGAGCAGAUGUUUUGGUAGGUGACCCUCAUAAAGUUUUCAACUUAACUCCUACCAGUAUCAUCAAUUGUGUUAAUUUUAUAAACACACACUUUUGCCAAAAAUUAAAUAUUCCUUUGAUAAUUCUUGGAGGGGGUGGUUAUAAUUUUGCUGACACAUCUAGAUGUUGGGUUCAAUUGGUUGCUUCUUUAAGUAAUAUGACCUUAGAUAAUGACAUCCCAGAACACACUUAUUUCCCGUUGUAUGGGCCAAGUUAUGAACUAUCCAUUACCCCAGGAUUAAAAAAGGAUUCGAAUGAUCAAGCAUAUCUCAAUUUUAUUGUGAAUAGCAUAAAAGAACAAAUUAAAUAAUAAAGAUUCAUUGCAUUAAUGAUAUGUGAUGGAAGGAAUAAUAUUCACAUUUUUGCUAUCUU